CAAGCUCUGUCAGUUACUAAACAACACUCCGCGAUGAUAGGUGUGCUUCUGCUGGCGCUAUGCGCCCUUUCGCUACUCAGGUUCGCGCGUUUCAGACAACGGUUCGUACGUGCCCUGAAGACGAUUCCGGGCCCGCCAGGUGUUCCACUUUUGGGCAACUCGAUCGAGCUGCUACGAUGCGACACCACGGAACUUCACGACAAAUUGGUUUUGUGGACGAGCCAGUACGGACCACGGAUCAAGAUCGAUGUGUGCAAUACCCACUGGAUCAUGCACACUUCACCUGAACUCGUUGAAAAAAUACUCAAACCUCCGAGUUUUACCCUUCAGCAAAUUGUUACCAACGCCACGUUCAACCGGAAGGCCAAAGACUACGAGUACAUGCACGAGUGGCUCGGAAUUGGAAUCCUGAUGGAUCACGGCCCGAACUGGUUCAAACAUCGCAAGGCCCUGACGGAGGCGUUCCACUUCAAGGUGCUGGAGAACUUUAUGCCCAUCUACCAGGAGCAGUCGGAAAUACUGGUGGAAAAGCUGCUCGGCUUUGGAGGUCGUGCCGUGGACGUUUUCCCCAUUUUUAAGCUCUACACGCUGGACGUGAUCCUCGAAACGGCCAUGGGAGUGCGGUGUCGUGCGCAGGAAAAUGACUCCGACUAUGUCAGGGCUGUAGCGGGUCUCACGCAGAUCACGUUCUGGCGCAUGUACAAUAUUCUGGGACAAUCGGACGUAGCCUUUCGCUUUUCCCGGUACUACCGGCCGUACCGGCAAAUGAUAAAGGUGAGCAAUGACUUCACGAUGACGGUUAUUCGGCGCCGGAGAAGCGAAAUGGAAUCUGCCGAAAAUCAGGAUACGGAGGGAGAUUUUGAAGAAGGUAGUAAGCGCAGGUCAGCCCUGCUGGACAAACUGCUUCGGAUGGAGAUCGAUGGACGGAAGCUGACGGACGAGCAAAUCAAGGACCAGGUCAACAGUUUCAUGUUUGCGGGUCAUGACACCACCUCGAGUGCGCUUACGUUCAUAAUGUACCUGCUCGCAAAGCAUCCGGACGUCCAGCGGAAAUUGUACAAAGAAGUUAAAGAAGUUUUUGGAGACAGCAAACGUCCAACCUUCACUCAAAGCACCCUCAACAACCUCAAGUUCAUGGACCAGGUAAUAAAGGAAGCGCUCCGGCUCUAUCCAUCGGUUCCAUUCGUGUCGCGAACCGUCGACGCCGACACGGAACUGGCCGGCGUAACGUACCCCGCCGGGACCACCAUUUCGCUGGGCAUCUACUUCAUGCACCACAAUCCGGCGUACUUCCCCGAGCCGACCCGCUUCAGGCCGGAACGGUUCGCACCGGAUGCGGAGCAGAUCGAGCGCAAGAAUCCGUACGUGUACAUUCCGUUCAGCGCCGGUAGCCGGAACUGCAUUGGGCAAAAGUUCGCCAUGAACGAGAUGAAAACCGCCGUCAGCCACUUGGUUUUGCGCUGCGAGCUGGAACUUGAAGAUCCCGAUUUUGUACCAAGGCUUAAGGAUGAACUCAUUUUGAAACCUUCCGAUGGAAUGCCGAUCAAGUUUUUGGCGAGAUCAUAAAACAUUAUUAACAGUCUGGACCCGAAGCCUAAUUUUUCUGUUACAUUCUUAUUGGAAUUCCAUAUAAACUGUAACGGGGAUUGCAGGCACCGGGUCCUGACUAUUAAUAAAAAUAAAAAAUAAACCAUUCAGUUGUUUUGAUACCAAAUCAAAUAAUUCGCGUUUUACGGCGAUAUGAUGUAUACGCCAUUGAGGUGAUUUUGCUGUAGACACGAUAUUCUGUUUUUGUUCAUUUUUUCAAUUUAAAAUGACUAAUUUGAGGUCUGCUCUGUAGAAACUGUUAAAAAGUACAAUAAAAAUGUGGCCCCUACAAAA